CACCGUUUGUCGAUGCGUUUAGUCGGUCGCCGUUUAUUGCUUACGUGUACGCCUUCCAAUAUGUCGUGAACAGUGAAUCGAAUAUCAUUCAAGGAAUUAAAUCUCUGCAUUAAAAAAUCUCAAAACCCAAGAUAAACCCUGCAAUCUCAUUUCCAUUCAUUUCUGUGACGAUCGGUACUAGAACGAAAACAAAUACGAAAUGAUCGAAGCUUUCGAAUCUCGCUCUGCGUCCUCUUAUCAAUUUUCUGACCUCGAUCGACCUUCUUCAGUGCGAAAUGAUUUUCUACAGAGACACGUUUUUCUAUUCCCUUCGUCCAGUACGUGAGCCAGAAAUAGUUGGAAAUCGGCAGAGUGCUCGAUCGCAGUUCACGUUUGAUUAACUCAAAUUUUUUAGAGCUGAUUCUUUAAAUAAAUCUGAAAAUUAGUGGAUAAUGGUUGAAGGACGAGAGUAACGGUAUCACGUCGACCGAAAUAAGAGCAGAUGUACGCCACUGGAUACUUAAUGGGCGCAACAAGUGGUCGAAGAUUCGAACGAUUGGUCGCACAUGGAGAGCGAAGACACUGGCAGAUAAUUUUUUUUCUCACGCGAUCGACGAACGAAAUGUGUUUGCUUUCACCACUGUCUUACGCCGAGAUGACAUCCCAGUUUCCUUGUCCUCUUAACCUGCAUAACUGAACUCAUCUCAAAAUGUGUGGUUAAUCGUCUGUCUUGUUGUUUUUUACCACCAGACAAGUCACGAGGUGAGAAUAAGAUCCUCGGGAAUUGAAGUUAGUCUUAUCAGGGCAACACUAUCUUCUGAGAUGAUUCACUGUCUGGUAAAGGAAAUAAAAAUUCCAUCAGUAAGAUAGAGAACAAAUUGAGGAGUUGUGAGUUGAUCAUCGAGAUCCGAGGAUAUACUGAAGACGUCCAGUUCUAUCGAUCAGGAUCAUCUUCUCCAGUCGAAUCAACUUUUGGCUCUAGGAUUGAUAUCGAUCCCAGAUAGAGUGACCAUGAUGAAAUUCAAGUCGCUGUUUCGCAGAGGACAUCACAGCCACCAGUCUCAGCAAAAACAGCCCCCUCGCCACCGACAGAACCAUAAUCUGCAACAGCAACAAGUGGCGCUGCCGUCACAAGCCUCGUCGAGCGAUUCGCCGAACGAGGAUAUGUCGAAAAGAGCAGCAGAGGAUGCAGCUGCAAGUGUGACGUGGUUGUCGACGUCCUCGGUGGGCCGGGAGCCAGUGCCGACGACAGUGAGUCCCUGCGGGAAGAACAACACUCUCCGAGGUCAGUCGCCGCAUCAAAUGAAAGGGCCGCCCCUGACGAAGGACUCCUACGAGAGGAUGCAAGAGCUCGAGCGAGAGAACGGACUUCUGCGGAAAGAACGUUCGCAUCUCGAAGUCAAUUUGCGAAAUGCGAGCACUUGUGACGCCAGGAGACUCGAUGAGCAUCACGCGGAACUCGAGUUACUCAAGGAUCAACAUAAUUCUGACCUAGAGCGUCUCACCAGGGAGAACGAAGUCCUUCGAUCUAGAAUUCAAGACGUUUCGCACUCUCCGUUGUCCGAUUCAGAGAAACAGCAAUUAUUAGACGCAGCCAGACCACAACACACUGCCCCUGCUUCUAUCAUCAUUCACCCAGAAGUGUGCUGCGCGCCUACAAAUGUACCUCGAGAAAAGACAGAAAACACUGGUCCUGAAUGGGACAAACGAUCGUCGGUAUCAGAGGUAUCCGUUACGUGUUUACAAGACAGAAUUCUUCAGAUGGAAGAAACCCAUUAUUCCACAAACGAGGAACUACAGGCUACCAUUCAAGAACUUAGCGACUUGCAGGCGCAGUUGUCUGAACUUCAAGCCGACAACGAUAGGUUAAACGAAGAAAAAGGCGUCUUACUCGAAUCUCUCUGCAGACAGACAGAAAAACUGGAAGACUCUCGUUCCAAAGUGGACACAUUGCAAGGUCUUCUUCUAAGGGAGGAGCAACCGCAGAAGGCGUGGAAAGGAUACAACACAGAAAGAGAGCAGAAACUGGUCGAUCUCUUGAAGAGCGCUCAGGAAGAACGAGAGAGCCUGCUGGAAAAGCAGGAGGAGUUGACGUCGGAAUUGAAGAAUCUGCGAGCUACGGUCGAAGCAAUUACAACCGAAUCUGAUAGUCUGACGAAACGUGUUCAUUUUUUAGAGUCUACUAUCGACGCAGUGAACGUUGAGAAGAAGGUCUUGGACCUUGAGCUAGCGGAAUCGAAGCAAGAUGGAGCAAAUAGGGGCAUCGAGAUCAACAGGCUAGCGACUCUUCUGGAAAAUGCGAGGGCAAAGAUCGAGGAACUGGAGCAAUCAAGGCAGCUGGAAACCAAAAGCGAGGCAGAUGAAAUGCUGGAUGCUGCCCGGAGAGAAAAAGAUACGCUGGAAACGCAGGCGGCUGCUCUACAGGAACAAUUGGCGCGUUCGUAUUGCGACCAUGAUCGGUUGCGAGAUCAAUUUUCGCAGCUUCAAGAAGAAUAUAAGGUGGCCCGCAAUAAUUCAAAGUCCGUGGUGGAGGAUUUGGAAUACCGGCUGACCCAAGUGAAGGAAGAGAGACUGUCAGUGAAUACGGAAUUGCAAUUGGUUCGAGAUUCUCUCUCUGAGCUACAGGCUCAGUGUCAACGGCAUUUGGAAGACAAACGAGAGUUGAAGGCUGCUCUGAGUGAGUUGCAACGGCGAGAAAGAGACGCUCAGAAUCGUCAAUAUGACAUUGAACGUGCACUGGCUGAAGAGCGGAAAUUACGUCAGGAGGAAAGCACAGAGUGGGCACAAUUUCAGAAUGAUUUGUUGAUGACUGUUCGCGUAGCGAAUGACUUCAAAACUGAAGCACAGAGUGAGUUGGAAAGGGUAGUCAUGGAGAAUAAGGCGCAACGAGAUAAAUUGAGAGCUUUGGAGGCACAGCUGGACAAACUUAAUGACCCAGGGAAUCAGAAGAAUGUGAUUCCGCCAAACUCGAGAUUUGUCACGACGCCGACUGAAACGCCACAGUGCGUUCUCACAAAUGUGCAGCAGGAGAUUGCAAGAAGUCGUAAGGCGAAUAUCUCGCGGCAGGAUUCUAGGCUCUCUGUAAAGUGUUUGAUAGAGAGUAUAGAAAAUGCGACUAAACAGGCGAAAGCUGGGCCGGGAAGUCGGAGUAGUUCUACCUCAUCUAUUAAUUCGAUAGGAACCAAUGAUGUGAUAUCUUUAAAGGCUCCUCUUAGGGAUCAGCAGCAAAUCUCCAAUCUCAUUUGUCCAACAAAUUCUACUAACAAUAAUAAUAAGAAUCAAUCUCCCAAUGGAAAGAAAUCUUUUUCCGAUUCAAAGCCAUCUGGGCCAGUGGUUUUAAGUCCGAGUCAGUUGCUGGAUACGGCAGCUAUCAACGCCAAAACAAUAGACUUUGUUCGAAGGAAUAGUGUAACCGAUUUGUCAGAUCGGAAGGAUCCGCUCUGCGGUCUUGUGAAAAAUGGUGGAUCCCGGAGAAACGCUUUGCUCAAGUGGUGUCAGAACAAAACGAUAGGCUACCGCAAUAUCGACAUUACAAACUUCAGUAGCUCUUGGAACGAUGGACUCGCUCUCUGUGCAAUUCUGCAUACAUAUUUACCCGAUAAAAUUCCUUACGAUUCUUUAACGCCAACUGAGAAGAAAAGAAAUUUCUCGAUUGCCUUCUCUGCGGCGGAAAGUGUUGGAAUACCAACAACUUUGAAUAUAGGAGACAUGUGCCAAUUAGAGCGCCCCGACUGGCAGCAGGUUAUGACCUAUGUGACCAGUAUUUAUAAGUAUUUUGAGACGUGACUUUCCAAAAGCAGGGCUUGGAACUCCUGGAACAAGAGAUACGCGAGGAAGAUACGUAAGGCAUCUAGUCAACUACACACCCCAAGAACAGCUUCCUCGAGGAAUGGAAGUUGGAUCAUGAUCAUUUUUAAGUCGCAGACGAGAAUCCUUGUAGAGUACAAAGUCUGAGAUUUCGUAAGAAAAGGACGAUCGAGUCACUUCCUGAAGCCCAUCAAAGACUUUGUCAGGACUUGAUUCACAAGAUUUCACGAAUAUGUAUGUGAAUGCAAUUUUGUGAAUUUACAUAGCUUCAUUCGCGUGCUUUUAAUGCACUGUUGAUGAUAUAUAUAUAUCUACGCCACGCUGAAGCUUUCUUUUAAAUGAAAGAGAAACGACCGGAGGUAUUUUUUUCAAAAUAAAGACUACAUUUUUUA